AUGGCGAGGCCCAAUCAACAAGCAGGAAACAACUCUAAGGAUAAAAGCUUUAAUGUACAAAAGAAAGCACAGACUAUACUUGAGAAUGAGGACAUGGAACCUCAUAUAGUGCGUCAGCAACAAAAUUAUUUGGCAGCUCUGGAAAAGUCUUUAGCAUACCUGAACAAAUGGUUUCAUUUCUCAGAUGGCAGCAUUGUGUGUGUGAUGCAUCAAAUAUCUCUAAAUACAGAAGUAGCGUUUCAGUCCUUUCGAAAUGCAAGCACUGUCAUGGGCUUGACAAGAAAGGACAUCGAUUUAGACAUGCUUUAUGAUGUGUUUUGUGCAGCAAGGCAUGCUUUAUCCAAUAUUGUUGCUAAUUCAAGUGCUACUGCAUGCACUAAAUGGCAGGAAUUUUUUCCAGGUGCCCGUGAUAGUGCAGGUUUUUCAUCAAACAUGUUUAAGAUUGCAUCAGCCGCACUGUCAUUACCAAGCAGCAAUGUCUUCCCUGAAAGGGUGUUUUCUUUAAUGAAUGCAAAGUGGGGUGCAGACCAAAACAGAGCCACUCUAGCACUAAUCAAAGCAGUACUGCAGGUUUUCCUUAACUACACCAUGAGCUGCAGUAAUUUCUAUCAGUUUGAUUUGAAAGAUGACAAAUUGAUUUCAUCAGCAGCUGGCAGUGAAAAGUACAAAUGGAAAUGGAUUGCUCAACCUGAGCAGUCUUCUUCUUCCAUGAGUACUUUAAAAGCUCAGGGCCAGCCUGCUCUGGAUUCAUGUGAGAGGUACGGUUAUGGUGGGUGGAUUCAGCUACAUCACCACAGGAAGGGUGAAGCAAAGAUGAUGAAAGAUGGAAAGGUUUUCCGUGUUAUACAGGAGAACUGCUGGAAUCCAGAGGUGCGGAUUCGUGAAAUGGAUCAAUCAGGUGUAACAGUUCAAGCACUUUCUACUGUUCCAGUCAUGUUCAGUUACUGGGCAAAACCUCUGGAUACACUAGACUUGUGUCAAAUGUUAAACAAUGACCUUGCAGACACAGUAAAGAAGCACCCAAGAAGAUUUGCAGGGCUUGGUACUUUACCCAUGCAGGACCCACAAAUGGCGAUAUUAGAAAUGCACCGCUGUGUUAAAGAACUGGGUUUUCCUGGAGUACAGAUAGGUUCACAUAUCAAUGACUGGGAUCUGAAUGCUCCAGAGCUUUUACCAGUUUAUGAGGCUGCCGAGAAACUUAACUGUUCUUUAUUUGUCCAUCCUUGGGACAUGCAGACAGAUGGAAGAAUGUCUAAAUACUGGCUUCCAUGGCUAGUGGGAAUGCCAGCUGAAACAACUACAGCCAUAUGUUGUAUGAUUUUUGGUGGAAUUUUCGAAAAGUUUCCCAGACUUAAAGUUUGCUUUGCACAUGGAGGAGGUGCUUUUCCUUUUACCAUAGGCCGUAUUACACAUGGAUUCAGAGUUCGGCCUGACUUGUGUGCCUUAGACAACACGGCUAAUCCAAGAAAGUAUCUGGGUUCUUUUUACACAGAUGCACUUGUCCACGAUCCCAUGGCAUUAAAGCUUUUAGUUGAAGUUAUAGGAAAGGAUAAAGUGCUUCUUGGAACAGACUACCCUUUUCCAUUAGGAGAGCUUGAACCAGGACAGUUGAUUGAAUCCAUGGAGGAAUUUGAUGAAAAGUUACAGAAUAAACUAAAAUAUGAGAAUGCACUGGAGUUUUUAGGUCUUGACCGAAAACAGUUUGAUGGACUUUGACAGAAAACAUUCCUUUGGAGAAAGAAAUUUUGAUGAAUAUACUUGACAAAUUCUUGUGUUCACUGAAUGACAAAGAGUAUAAGAAAGAAAUAUACUUGGUUUUAUUGUAUUGCACACUUUUGCAAUGGGCUUAUGGAACAUACAACCUAUGCAUUAAUUCAUUAAUGUGCAAUCUGGAUGCCUACAAAUGGAAGCACAAAAGCUGCUGUUCAAACACAAACAUGCAUGCACACAUGCAUGCAAGUAUGCAUGCACACAUGCUCACAAACAUGCAGACACAGAC